AUCUAAACAAAAACAAGUGUUUUCAAUUGAUAAACACAUCGAAAAAAGAGAAGAAGGCGCGUAUAAAAGCGCUGUUGCAACUUUACUACUCAAUAGAUUUAGGUAAACCUUCGUCAAGUGUAGAAAAAGAAUCAAACAGAGAUGCCGAACAUAAAUUCAGUUUUAAUACUGCAUUUACUGGUCUGUCUAGCUAGCAGUUUAUUUGCACAAGUGCCACAUAGAGCUAGCCAAUUAGACUGUCCAGUGAUAGAAACCACACUCGGAAAUAUUGCUGGCAUUCGACAACAAACUGUGCUCGGAAACAGUAGCUUUUGUUCCUAUCGCGGAAUUCGAUAUGCUGUAGCGCCGGUUGGAAAGCUUCGAUUUAAGGCACCAAUACCAUCGGGAUCAUGGGAAGGGACGUAUAAUGCAACUGAAUAUGGAUCAGCCUGCAUGCAGUUCAACUUUUCAAAUCUCACAACGUCCGAAGAUUGUCUUUUCCUCAAUGUAUUUGUGCCCGAACCGUCGAUAUGUAGCAGUUCACGUGACAUCGCUGUCAUUGUAUUCAUUCAUGGUGGAGGCUUUAUAACAGGAGCAGCUUAUGACGGCCCUCAUCUACUUUUGAAUGAAUGUGUGAUUCUAGUCACCUUACAAUAUCGCCUCGCCAUUUUUGGUUUUCUGCCAUUGGCCCUGCCUGAAUACUCUGGUAAUAUGGGUUUAAAAGAUCAGCAAUUGGCUCUGGAAUGGAUCAAUCAGCAUAUUUCAGCGUUUGGCGGAAAUCCAAAACAGGUUACGCUAAUGGGACAAAGUGCAGGCGGAGCAUCAGUUAGUUUCCAAAGACUAAAUCCAAAAUCAAGAAGUUACUUCAAACGGGCAUACGUUAUGAGCAGUUCUGCACUGUCUUAUUACGCUCUGUCAGAAAGCAACAAUAAAACCGAUUCAAUAGUGGAACUUGCUAAAAACCAGAGCAUCGCUAUAGAAAACUCUGAGCAAUUGAUCGAGUACUUGCAAACCGUGAAGGCUGAUUAUAUUAUUAGUCACACGUUAUUUAAUAUACAAUGGCAGCCAUGUGUCGAGCCUAAAACGACUAUAAAUCCCUUUAUAACGGAAGAUCCGGAAACUUUAUUAUCCAAAGAAAUGAAUUUGCCACCUACUAUCUAUACGUAUACGAGCAUGGAGGGUAUAUCGUUUGCAUUAGAACAAAUCGCAAAUCCGGACAAAAUUAGCUACUUAGAUACGAAUUUUAAAUUCAAUUUGCCGUUCCAUGGCCUUGAUCAAGAGGCUUGUAAAAAAGAAAUUGCUCCAAUUUUCACCAAAAUUCGUCGAUUCUACUUUGGCCAUGCCAAGAUCAAUGCAUCGCAAAUCCUUCCUUUUGUUCAACUAACUAGCUCAAGAGAUGUAGCAUAUUCUAUUCAGAGGGAAGUGGCUAUCCAAGCGCUUUCCGCAUCGGAAGCCAAAUUAAGAGUUCUUAGAGUGAACCUCAGAACACUAUUAUGUCCAAGUUUGAAUCUACCUGGAGUCGCUGCAUUGGCUGGUACUUCUCACACUGAUGACAUUUGCAGUUACGUUUGGUGUGCGUCUUUGUCACAUAUUUAUAAAGAAAUAGAAGCAGAGGAAACUCUUUUGCAGCAAGCCACAGUAAGAACGAGUAAAAUAUUGAGAGAGAUCUUGAUCAAUUUUGCCAUCACUGGGAAUCCUGUAUCAGAAACGGCUUCAUUCUACUCAUUUCCACCGGUGAACUCGAAACCGUUGACCGAUUUGCCAUUUACUGAGCUAUUGAGCGUUAACACAUUGGCUUCUGGAAGCAAUCCAGACCACGAAGAGUUCAAAUUUUGGUGGUCAAUCAAUGAGAAAGUGGAGAAUAUUAAGAAGAUGUCUUGCAACCAGAAGUGAUUCGGAUUUCGUUCUUUUUUCAAUUUGAUGUUCGAAACAUUAGGUUAAAUACAUUGCAUAUGGCCCAAGUAAUCAGUUGUCAACAAGUUAAUUUUGUAAAAUCUUGCGAAUCAACGAAAAAAACAUUUGUGCACACAAAAUAAAAUUGACACGG